AUGCAAAGUAAAGAGGCAAAGGAAAAGGUUGAUUUAGCCAUUUCAAAAUGGCUGAUUGAUGCUUCAAUCCCAUUUAAUGCAGCUAAUUCAGCAUAUUAUCAAUCCAUGUUUGAUGCAGCUUGCUCUUAUGGAACAGGUUACAAAGCUCCUAAUUUCUAUGAUUUGUGUGGUUACUUAUUAAUAAAAAAUGUUGAGCAAGUCAAGAACUUUGUUGAUAGCUUUCGAUCGACUUGGAAGGAAAUAGGAUGUACUAUUAUGGCAGAUGAAUGGACUGACCAAGAAAGAAGGACUCUCAUAAACUUUUUAGCAUAUUGUCCAAGAGGAACAAUAUUUUUGAAGUCUGUUGAUGCCUUAGAUAAUUCAAAAACUGCAGACAUGUUGUACAAAUUAUUUAGAGAAGUUGUGUUAUUCGUGGGUGUGGAACACGUGGUGCAUGUUGUCACUGAUAAUGCUGCGAAUUAUGUUGCUGUCGGGAGAUUAUUAGAAAGGAAAUUUCCAACACUUUAUUGGUCUCCAUGUGCUGCUCACUACCUAAACUUGAUGUUGCAAGAUGUUGGUAAGCUAGAUGAGGAUGCCUUGAGAGCCAUGGUCACUUCAAAAGAAUGGACUCUUUCUGCAUAUGCUAAGGAAAGUAAAGCAAAAAGUGAUGAAAGGCCUUCAAUGGGGUAUUUGUAUGCUGCUAUGCAUAAGGCAAGAGAAGAGUUGUUGAAAAGAUUUGCAAAGAGAAAGAAAAGAGUUGACACUUAUUUGAAUAUAAUUGUCUCAAGAUGGGAUAACCAACUUCACAAAAAUGUCCAUGCUGCUGGUUUUUGGCUAAAUCCUGCUUACCAAUAUGAUUCUACUGAAUUAGAGAAGCAUAGAUAUACUACAUCAGGACUUUUGGAUGUGAUUGAGAAAUACUCGUAUGAAAAUUCUGAUUUGAUGACUCAUUUAACAAGCGAAAUGAAGCUGUUCGUAAAGCUGAAGGUGAUUUUGGAAGAGUUUCUGCAAUAA